AUGAAUGUUCAAUCUUCAUUGACUAAGAAUUGGAUAUUAUUACGUUAUGCUGUUGAAAUCAAUCAUUAUUCUCCUUUAUCAACUCCAAAUUCCACAUCUUCAAAUGAACAACAACAACCACAACGUCAGAUAAUUGAUUGUUCUGAAGGACUUCUUUGUUUAAAUUUAACAACAACUCAACAACUAUAUGUUAUUCGUGAUGAAACAGAAAAAAUCGAAUGUAUAGAUUUAUUAACUACUGAUUCAUCUUCAAUUAUUGGUACAUAUACUGGUGAUAGUCUAUUAAUGAGUUAUGUUAUUCCAAGUGAUAAUAUUCAACGUAAAUUUUUGGUUAAAUUUGCUUCAACUGCUACACAAAAUGCUCGUCAACAUUGUGAAGAUUGCGUAAAAUUACUUUCAAACUCAAUUACUAUUACUCAUUUUGAUUCCAUAUCAUUAACAUCAUCAUCAUCAUCAUCAAUGACAAAUCCAAUUGAAAAAUUAAACUCAAUAGUAUCGAUUGAUGAUAUGAUAAAAGUAUUGAUGGGUGAUAAUUCAAUACAAUUAUCAACAUAUUAUAAUCAAGAAAUAUCUUAUGAUGAUUAUCAAACAAAGGAUUGUUUAGAAAAAUAUUUGUGUGAUGAAACAUUUCCAGAUUUUGUAGCUAAUGUUGCGGCAAUACUUGAUACGAUGAAAGAUAGUCAAAAAUAA